GCGGCCGAGGGAGGGGGGCGUGUGCGCGGCGACAACCUGACCUCCGCUGCAGGCAGCUCGUGGUGUGGGAGGAGCCCCUCUCGGUCUUGGUCGCCCCCGGCCCAGGCUGCAGGGAGCUACGGCCUUCAGAGCGACCCUCUUUCGUUUCCUUGCCUGGGUGGUAUACCCAGCCCGUAUUUAGGGCCAGCGUGUUCUUGGUAACCUCAGUUUUCUGUCUCACAGGUUACCUGCUGCGCUGUUUGUGACCCUGCAGUUUUAAGGAGUAGUUAGUCCUGUGCUCACUCUUUCCGGUCUUCUUGUCAGAGGAUGACUUCACUUUGUUGAAUAACUCUUGUAACAGCCCUGUGUCGGCACGUAAACAAGUCCUUUUUCAUUGCGUCUAUAGUUUUUCGGUAUUAAUACUGUUUUUCUUAUAGCGAAAACUUUCCUGACCGGCGGGGUGGAAAGCUCAAGUAAAGUUAUCCAUUUGCCUAAAUCCUGACUGGAGGGUACCUUUCUCUGAGCUAAGCUCGGGAUGGCGACACCCUCUGGGGCCCUCCCUGCCUUGAGUGGCCAGGCUUCAGGCGAACAAGGGGAGAUUAUCAAAGUAAGGGUUAAGGAAGAAGACCAUAUUUGGGAUCAGGGAUCCUGCCUACAGAGAAACUUGUCUCAUAUCCGAGAAUUCUCUCGUCAGCGCUUCAGACAGUUCUGCUAUCAGGAGACACCUGGACCCAGGGAGGCCCUGAGUCAACUCCGGAAACUUUGCUAUCAGUGGCUGAGCCCAGAGAUACACACCAAGGAACAGAUCCUGGAGUUGUUGGUGCUGGAGCAGUUUCUGACCAUCCUGCCUGAGGAGCUCCAGGCUUGGGUGCGCGAGCAUAACCCUGAGAGUGGAGAGGAGGCGGUGACUGUGUUGGAAGAUUUGGAGAGGGAGCUCGAUGAACCCAGACAGCAGGUUCCACCAGGCACAUAUGGGCAGGAAGUUCCUAUGGAAGAAAUGACCUCUCUGGAUAUUGCAAAGAAGUCCAUAGGUACCCAGCUCCAUCCUGUGGUGGACAGAAUGGAAUGUGAAUCUCCAGAGCCAUAUUUACUUCAAGAUAAUGGGUCAUUUUCAUGGCUUUCCAUGGUGUCCAAAAGUGUGGGUGAUGAUAACCUCAGUAACUUAGAUGCUAAUGAAGCAGAAAUUGAUCCAGACAACAUGAGAGAAAAGUUCUUCAGAAGCUUAGCAGUGUUAUUGGAAAACAAAAGUAAUAACACUAAGAUAUUUUCUAAAGCAAAGUACUGUCAGUUGGUAAGGGAAGUCAAAGAGGCUAAAGCUAAGGCAAAAAAGGAAUCAGUUGACUACCGUCGCUUGGCUAGAUUUGAUGUGAUCCUUGUCCAAGGAAAUGAGAAACUGAUUGAGGCUGUAAAUGAGGAAACAGGUAAAAUACGGUAUUAUUUACACAGUGAAGAUUUAUUCGACAUUCUGCAUGAUACACAUCUCAGCAUUGGACAUGGGGGACGCACCCGCAUGGAAAAAGAAUUACAAGCAAAAUAUAAGAACAUUACGAAAGAAGUUAUCAUGCUAUACCUGACACUUUGCAAACCAUGCCAACAGAAAAAUUCAAAACCCAAGAAAAUUUUAACAUCACAGCCAAUUAAGGAAGUUAACUCAAGGUGCCAAGUGGAUCUUAUAGAUAUGCAAUUGAAUCCUGAUGGAGAGUAUAAAUUUAUUAUGCAUUAUCAAGACCUCCAUACAAAGCUAAGUUUUUUGAGGUCAUUAAAAUCUAAAAGUCCCAAGGAAGUUGCACAUGCUCUUUUAGAUAUUUUUACAAUUAUUGGGGCACCCAGUGUCUUACAAUCUGACAAUGGGAGGGAAUUUUCAAGCCAGAUUGUUAGUGAACUCAAUAAUAUUUGGCCAGAGUUGAAAAUUGUCCAUGGGAACCCUUGGACCUGUCAAAGCCAAAACUCUAUGGAGAAAGCUAAUGUGGAUAUCCAAAAUAGGAUUAUCUCCUGGAUGCAAGCUAACAACUCAUCACACUGGGCUGAAUUUUUGUGGUUCAUUCAGAUGACGCAAAAUCAACCCUGUCACAGAGACAUGCAGCAGACUCCAUGUGAAGGUACAUUUAGCCCUGAAGCAAAACUGGGCCUGUCUCAUUCUCAGUUAACUGAAGAACUUGUUGCCGGCCUGAACACAGAAAAUGAGUUAGAACAAGCUGACAAAGAGCUAGAAAAUACUCUAAGAGCCCAAUAUGAAGAAAACAUUGAGACUGGAACAGAUAGUAGUGACAUCGAAGAGAAUCUUUUUAUUACUAGGAAGGUGGUGGAAAAAAACUCUUCUGAAAGUAGACCAGGAUUUUUAUCCUGUGUAGUUUGUGAAAAAGAAUGCACAGGUGCUAAGAGUUGUAUAUCAUGGGACAGAAAUGUCCAUGCAAUCUGUGGAGUGCCCUCUCAAAGUGAGACUGAUGGCUAUGGCCACAGAAUAACUUGUAGUCUUUGUUAUAACACCACUCCAGUGAAAAGGAAACAUGAUGAGACUCAAAGAAGUCCGGCUGUUCAACCAUCCAAAAUGCUAAAGCCUUCGGAGACACCGUUUUCACCAGGAAAAGUAGGAGAUUGGAUGGAGAAACAAGCUUCACUGGAUUUUUUUGUCAAGAAAAGACACACCUUUUCUGAAGGCAGCAGUAGUAAGAAAAGAAAUGGUAACAGUGGAAGUCAUUCUGGAGAAGUGAAAACCAAGAAAGCGCAUACUACUUUUACUCGGAAGUAUGAUCCCUCAUAUAUUGAGUUUGGUUUUGUAGCCGUAAUUGAUGGUGAAGUGCUAAAACCACAGUGUAUUAUUUGUGGAGAUAUACUGGCUAAUGAAGCAAUGAAACCAUCAAAACUUAAGCGGCAUUUAUUUUCAAAACAUAAAGAAAUAAGUUCACAACCAAAAGAAUUCUUUGAAAGGAAAAGUAGCGAACUAAAAAGCCAACCAAAGCAGGUGUUCAAUGUUUCACAUAUCAACAUUAGUGCUUUGCGGGCUUCUUAUAAGGUAGCACUUCCAGUUGCUAAGUCUAAAACUCCGUACACAAUUGCCGAAACAUUAGUGAAAGACUGCAUCAAAGAAGUAUGCUUGGAAAUGUUGGGUGAGUCUGCAGCAAAAAAAGUGGCUCAAGUACCGCUUUCCAAUGACACCAUAGCUCGACGUAUUCAGGAACUGGCUAAUGAUAUGGAAGACCAACUCAUAGAACAAAUAAAGCUAGCAAAGUACUUUUCUUUGCAGCUUGAUGAGUGCAGAGAUAUUGCUAACAUGGUAAUUCUUUUAGUAUAUGUGAGGUUCGAACAUGACGAUGAUAUAAAGGAAGAAUUCUUUUUUUCAGCCGCUUUGCCUACAAACACGACUAGCUCAGAACUCUACGAAGCUGUGAAGAACUACAUUGUCAACAAAUGUGGUUUGGAAUUUAAGUUCUGUGUAGGGGUAUGUUCUGAUGGUGCAGCUUCAAUGACAGGAAAACAUUCUGAAGUGGUUGCCCAGAUUAAGGCGUUUGCGCCAGAAUGUAAAACAACGCACUGUUUCAUUCAUCGAGAAAGUCUUGCUAUGAAAAAAAUAUCUGCUGAACUAAAUAGUGUGCUUACCGACAUAGUAAAAAUUGUGAAUUAUGUGAAGGCUAAUGCAUCAAAUUCAAGGUUAUUCUCUUUAUUAUGUGAUAAUAUGGAAACUGAACAUAAGCAACUGUUACUGCAUGCUGAGAUACGGUGGUUAUCACGGGGAAAAAUUCUGUCGAGAAUGUUUGAAUUACGAAAGGAACUCUUAGUGUUUCUGCAAAGCAAGAAACCAGUUUGGUCCCAAAUUUUUAAAGACGUGAAUUGGACAGCCAGACUUGCUUACUUGUCUGAUAUCUUCAGCAUUUUUAAUGAUCUUAAUGCUUCUAUGCAAGGAAAGAAUGCAACAUGUUUUUCAAUGGCAGAUAAAAUUGAAGGACAAAAACGAAAGUUAGAAAUGUGGAAAAACAGAGUUUCUACAGGUUGUUAUGACAUGUUCCAUAAUUUAACAACACUUACCAGUGAAGUAGGUAAUGACCUUGACACUGUGCAUCUGCGAAAAGUUAUCAAUGAACAUCUAACUAAUUUGUUAGAAUGUUUUGAAAUUUAUUUUCCAUCAAAAGAAGAUCCACGCAUAGGAAAUUCAUGGAUCCAAAAUCCAUUUCUUUCAUCAAAAAAUAAUUCGAAUCUAACUGUAACCCUACAGAAUAAGUUGUUGGAGCUGGCUACUGAUGAAGGAUUGAAGAUGAAUUUUGAAAAUACAGCAUCACUUGCUUCAUUUUGGAUAAAAGUUAAAAAUGAGUAUCCAGAACUUGCCGAGAUUGCUUUAAAAACUCUUCUUCUAUUCCCUUCAACAUACCUCUGUGAGGCUGGUUUUUCUACUUUAAGCAUUAUUAAAACAAAACACCGAAACAGUUUAAAUAUCCAUUAUCCUCUGCGAGUAGCAUUGUCAUCCAUUCAACCUCGAUUAGACAAAUUAACAAGCAAGAAGCAAGCUCAUUUGUCACAUUAAAAACUUUAAAUAUUCAUAUAUAAAGUGUCCAAAGUAUGCAUAUAGACAUUUAGUGUGAGGAAUUUGCUAUUUCACUUUUAACUCUCAGUUCAGUUAAAAUUAUAGAACUAUGAAAAACUAUGAGUAUAAUUAAUAGCAAUUCUUUACAUUAAUUGCCUAUAUGUACACUUCCAGUGAAGAAUGUGUGAAGUUUUUAUGAUUCUUUUUAUUUUUUCCUGUCACAUUUGUUAUAUUUAUUAAAAUGUAAUUUUAAAUCUGCUAAUUCUAAUAUCAAAAAUUUGGUCUCAUAUUUUUAUGUCUUUUUUUAUUUUUAUAUUUCAUUAGGGGGUUAAGAUUGUAGAAUGACUUCAGAAUGGGGAAUGAUUUCUUUGAAGUGGCAGACUAGAUCAACGAAAAGAAGUGAAUUCAGGGAGUGGAAUUAGAAUUCAAAUGCAAGGGAAGGGAGCAAUAAGAUGUUAAGCUUAUUAAGCUGAACCACGCUGUAACAUUAGGUUGAAAGUUGAUGUUAAGUUGGUUUGGUAGCUGCACGAUUAGACAAUGUAUAAUUAGGUGACAUGAGAGAAAUACAUUUCUUGCAAUGGCGUUAUGGUUUGGAUUUAUAAUGAUAAAUUCUGGUUUCCUUUGUGUGGGGGGAUAGGACCACAGUGACAAAUUUGUCAGGUGAAGGUUUUUAGGCCUUGUUAAAUUGGACUGCCUUAAAGAUUCUGUGUGACAAGGUUAGAUAUUAUUGGUACCUCAAUCUUUGUUAUUGUUUGCAUGUGACUCAUAAAAAAUGCCACACAUAUCUGGUCUCAUGCUUGUGUAACUACUCAGAAUGACUGAAAACAGAUGCUUAGCACAAGGCAUUUUCUUUAGGGUAAAAAAUGCCUGGAUCCUUGAAGAAAAUGACAGUUUUGCUAGACAGGGAAGCAACAACAUACGGUAAGUGCUUCUUUCCAAAGAAAGGUAACAUUGAAAGUUGAAGAAGGAAAAGAUAUUUAGUGAUAAAAAAUAUCACUAAUAGUUUAGCCUUUUAAUUAAAAAAAGAAAACUUUUUAAGGAAUUGGAUUCCCAAAACCUUUGAAAGAGGAUGAAAUAUUUUUCUACAUUCAGUCCGGAAACAUCAGUUGGAUUAUAUUUUAUUGUUUGUUUUAAUAAAAUGUUACAGCUUUCCAAAAAUUUUGUGGUGGGUAGAUUUAGAAGACAGUGGUUUAAUUCCUCUCCUUCGUGAUUUACAUGCCCUCUUUCCUAUCUGAUCUUUUAGCAUUAAGGAAUUUACAAUUUUUAAUCUUCUACCAUUUGUUUUAUUGAUUGCAUAAAGUAUUUGCAUUUCCCAUUUUUAAUUUUAAAAAGCAACAUAUGUGAUGGUUUCAUAUUUAUUUCUAUAAAUAUUUAAAGUGGUCUUGGAGAAAACAAACUGAGGGGGAUAUUAAGAGUAUAUUUCUAAAAAGAACUAAAUUCCAUUACUUUUCCUCUAAGAAUUCUAAAGUAUUGGAUAUCUGAGGACAGAGUUAGAGUCAUUUGGAAGAGAUUUUUGGAAUAAAGCCUUAGAUAACUGAAUUAGGUGCCUACAUAUUUCUGUUGUAAGAUUUAGUACCAGCAGGUUGAAUUACUUUAUAUUUUUCAGACUUAGGAAUAUUAGUCUUUCUUUCCUUCCCUUCUCCCUGUUUGUUUUAUUGGCUUAGUGUACAUUCUUUUUUACUAUUUAAUAUCUGAAGGAACUCUUUCUGAAAGAUGUUAAACUGUAAGUUAAGUUAUACAGUGGUAAGUCUCCACAAAGAUCUUGGAAGAAUUUGCACACAUUCCCCAUGAGA